GAGGAGAAAUAUGGGAAAAAUAGAGGAGCCCGCAAGCAUACACAUUCAAUCCGAUUUGGACCUACACGAUAGGCAACCUGGCCCUUUCCCCUCUACUUUCUAACCAUAGACCGUUAUGAAAUUCACCUUUCUUUCCUGAUGAUUUCCCGGUCCUCCUCCCACCAAAAACCAAACAAACCAACAGCAACAACCAACUCAGCCCCGAAUGAAAUAAUCUCCACUCUAGAUUCAGUUUUUGGGUUUGACUCAAUCUCUAAUAACUUCUCUCUCCAACCCCAUUCUCCAUUCUCAGUAGCAGAUAUCUCCUAAUUUACUGCCUUCAUUCCUAAUCCUAGUGACCCUCUUAGUCUAAUAUUAAUAAACCAUAGCCAAUCUUCCCCAACUCAGCCUUGUGCACUUCACUCAGCCACAAUCCCCAAGACCCCUAAUCAUGGCCCUAUUCACUAUCCACUCCAGUUUUUAAUCCUAGUGAUCCCAGCCCAGCCCUAAAUCUUAGUCCUCACUUCCCUAUCUUCAUUCCAUCCUUUCCUACUCUAAUUCCAGUUCCUCACACACUGUUCCUGUGUUCUUUUACUCCUCCUGUGACUUGACACCGUUGCUCUCCUAGAAAUCAUGGAGUUUGUAUCUGGUUAUCGGGAUGAGUUCCUUGACUUUGCUGCCCUUCUAUUCGGCUGGUUCCGCAAGUUUGCCUCUGAGCGUGGAACUGGGGUUGGUGGGGGGAAUGGGCCUGAGGGUCGAUCAAGGUUAAUGGAGGCCCAGGUGAGAAGGUUGCCCUCAGAUCCUGCCCUCUGGGUCCUUCACAUCUUGCCCAACCGUAGUGUGGGGAUCAGCUUGGGGCAAGGCGCUAAGCAGGGACCUGGACCAGGCCUGGGAGCUGCCCGUCUCUUGGGAGAUGAACCCCCUCUCUGUCUCAGAGACCUCAGCCCCUAUGUCAGCUUUGUUAGCCUUGAGGAUGGAGAAGAAGAAGAGGAUGGGGAGGAGGAAGGCCCAGGUGGAGAGGAAGGUGAACUGGAGGAGGAAGGGGAGCAGGCCACCACGAGCAGAGAGUCUACCCAAGAUGCUGAGACACCUGGGGAACCAGAUGAUGCUGAGGAAGAAGCAGGAGGAGAGGACAGCAGUGGAGGAGACACCAGAGAGGAUGGAGGAGAGGAGGAAAUGGGGCCAGAGAAGAGAAGGGGAAAGAGAGGUGGUAAUUCACCAGCCCAUGACCCUGUUGGAGUUAAUGGGAAGCAAGUCAAGGCCCAGGUCAAGGAGUGGGAGUUAGUAGAGCAUGGAGAUGCUGCUCCCCUACAUCUGGCCUGCUUACUUCUGGUGACAGAUGAACAUGGCACUAUUCUGGGCAUUGAUCUUCUGAUGGGUGGACCACAAGGGAGUGGAGGCAGGGCCAUUGGGGCUGAAGGCCUGGCCCAAAGAGCUUAUACUCUCCUCUGCCACAGUAUGGCCUGUCCCAUGGGUGCUGGAGACCCUAGAAGACCCCGACAGCUCACAGUGGGAGACCCCCAGCUACAUCGGGAACUGGAAAGCUUGGUCCCAAGGCUUGGGGUGAAGCUAGCCAAAGCCCCAAUGAGGACAUGGGGCCCCCGUCCUGGCUUCACUUUUGCAUCCCUCCGUGCCCGUGCCUGUCAUGUGUGCCACAGACACAGUUUUGAAGUGAAGCUGAUGCCCUGCCCCCAGUGUGGUGCAGUCUUGUAUUGUGGAGAGACCUGUGUCUGGGCUGAUUGGCGACGCAGGCCAGAUGAUGUGAGCCAUCGAUUCUGGUGCCCAAGACUUGCAGCUUUCAUGGGGCGGGCUGGAGAGCUGGCCGCCUUACCCUUCACCUACACUGCUGAAGUAACAAGUGAGAUGUUUAACAAGGAGGCAUUCCUUGCCUCCCGGGGACUCACACGAGGGUAUUGGACCCAACUCAGCAUGCUCCUUCCAGGUCCUGUUGCCCCAGGAUAUCCUCCAGGCAAUGGGCCUCCGUUUAGCCUCCUUCUGAGUGGUGAUCCUUAUCAGCUACUUCAAGGAGAUGGACCUCCCCUAAUGCCUCCAGUGCCUCCUGACCCACCUCGGGGCCCUUUUGGUUCAUGGCAGGAUUAUUAUGCAUGGCGUGGCUUGGGCCUGGACUCUCCUUUGGCUGUUCUCCUUACCUAUCCACUGACUGUCUACUAUGUUAUUACCCAUCUGGUACCUCAGUCUUUCCCGGAGCUGAAUAUCCAGAACAAACAGUCUCUGAAAAUCCAUGUGGUAGAAGCUGGGAAGGAGUUUGACCUCAUCAUGGUGUUUUGGGAGCUCUCUGUCCUACUCCCUCAUGUGGCCCUGGAACUGCAAUUUGUAGGUGGUGCUUUGCCUCCUGAGAGUGACCAGCAACAUUUUACCCUACAAAGGGAUGGAUCAGGAGUAUCUGUCCGUCCAGGCUCAGGAGUAUCUGCCCGUCCAGGCUCAGGAGCCAAAGAGAAGGGAAGUCGAAGGGAUCUUCAGAUUAAGGUUUCUGCCAGACCCUACCACCUACUUCAGGGACCCAAACCUGAUCUGGUGAUUGGAUUUAACUCUGGCUUUGGUCUGAAGGACACCUGGUUGAGUUCUCUGCCUCGAUUACAGUCUCUUAGGGUCCCUGCAUUUUUUACUGAGAGCAGUGAGUACAGCUGUGUCAUGGAUGAGCAGACCAUGGCUGGGGCCACCGGAGGGGGAACCAGCCCCCCACAACCCAACCCUUUUCGUUCACCCUUCCGCCUCCGGGCCACAGACAAUUGCAUGCCUUGGUACUGUAAUGCCUUCAUUUUCCACUUGGUCUACAAGCCUCCUCAGGGGAGCGGGACCCGUCCGGCCCCUGGACCUGUCCCCCCUGUCCCAGUCCCAACAGUCCCUCUAGUCCCUGCCAGGAGGCGAAGAGGAGAGAAAAGGCCAAGUCGUGGAGGCCGAAGGCGAAGGUGAAAAUUGAGAUGGAAUGAUCACUUCCCACAGAAUUUUUAAAAAGAAGAAUCUUCAGGCAGAGGGAAGGGAUAGCUCAGGAAACAGGAAAGGUGAAUAAAAUUAUUGGUUUGAGAGGCAAAUGAAA